ACAUGUGCCGAUAUUUUGCAAUUCCCAUGUGUCCCUUUUUCACCAACACCUGGGAAUGUGUAGUUCACUUUGCUCAAAGUAACACACAAAUCACUGCACACUUUCUUACUCAUUUGGUUUGAUGGUGAGUUUUUGGUUUAGAGUGAAAUCCGGUGCUCUAUGGAGCUGGAUGGGAUCUAAUAGCUAACAGGAAUCCCUUUGCCUGGAGGGUUUAUACCCUAUUUACCAACAGCUGUUUUGUUAACAAGCCCCGUUGUGAUAUGAAAUAAGAUCCAUUACACAAGCACCUGUCUCGAUUAAAGGCCAAAUUAUUUAACACGUUACUAAUUUUAACAAAAAACAUUUGUGUGCUUUGGAUGAUGAUUCAUUCUGGUAUUGUUGCUGGUUUUUAUACUUUAAAAUCUGAUAUUUUGAGUAAAAGGGAAAAAUUGAAGCCACCUUCAGCUCUUUGUUUUGGUGCCUUCAGAAGGUAAAAAGCGCGCUCACCUGUCUUCACUUUAGCAUCUGUUUACCUUUUACGACGACCCUCCGAAAAGUGUGAACGCAUGUUUCAUGAAUGUGACCUGGCACAAGGACGAUGUCAAGAUCGACCGAAGAUGAUUUGACUGCUCUAUUAAUUAUUAAUUAUUUAAUCCAUGUCUUGCUCUUAAAAUAGCCUCCACUCAGGCGUCGCACCAGGAAGUAGUCGGUGCGCUGGGGCAGCAGCAGGGGGCGCCCCGCCAGCUAUUAGCCGUCGCCCACUUGCGGUUUUUUUAGCCAAUCCCCUUGCAGAGCGGUGUGUGUGUGUGUGUGUGUGUGUGAUAUCUGUACUCCUGCCCCCGUCCUGCCCCGCAAACACACUCAACGUGCGGCAGGCAGCGGAAAGCCGCCGGGAACGACGCGCGCGGGGAGUGUGACGUCAGAAUGAGUCGGCCGCACCGGCGCAUCGACGUCUGCGCGUUUCUUUACGGGCCACAGAUGAGCUCGUGCGGUGGACGUCAGCCGUGAGCGGAGCCGAAGAGCGGAGAGGACGAGGAGGGGGAAACAUGAGCCGGCAGCAGACCCAGGGAGUGGUUUUAACGGGUUACCACAGCAACGCGGAACUGUUGCCGAAAACCGGACCGCGCGCCACCGGCUGUCCGCCGGCGCAGGACCUCGACCUCCCGGUGCCCAGCCGCAGAACGGGCCACUACACCGUUCAGCAGGACCAGAGCGCGAGCCAUGGAGACAGAACCGUGCCUUCCACCAUCGGUACCAAACCCAGCAGCACUGAGCCCCCAUCGCUACUCCCCAGGCCUCGGCACACCUCCAGCCCGAGCUCCGGCUCCAGCCCCCGGCACAGCCCGCGGCACAGCCCCCGGCACAGCCCCAACGUCCGGCCCAGACCGCGGCUCCCGUGCCAGCGCAGCGGCUCUCAGGACUCUCUGGACGAGCUAGAGAUGGACGACUAUUGGAAGGAGGUGGAGAAUAUCACCAGCUCGGGAGGAGAAGCGGGGAGGGGCGAAGGUGGAGGAGAAGGGGAAAUGCAAGAGGAGGAGCAGCAGAAAACUCCUGAGGAAGGGGAGCAGGAGGAGGCGUGGCUCACAGAGGCGGGACUAGCCCGGCUGUUCGAUGACUCGCUGGCGGCCGACCAGGAUCAGGAAGAAGACAACGAAGUGUUCCUGUCCACACUGACCAGAUCCCAGGUGGCGGCGGUGGAACGCCGCGUGACGUCACUACAGCAGACGUUGCUACGGCGACGCAACCGCCAACACGUCCCUGAUGUCAGGGAUAUAUUCAGACCUCCCGAGAAGGAGGAGCAUCCUUGUGAGCUCAAAGAGGGAAGUGAGAAUGGCCAGAAAGACGAAGCGGAGACGGAACUGAACGUCGAGGUGGCGUUUUCGGAGCAGGCGCUCACCUACAGGGACAACCACCAGAGGUUAAGGGUCACCGCUAGGCCCGAAUCACCUGACGACAAACUACCAAACUUUAAGUUGCUCCGAGACAAAACGGGUCAGACCCGAUUAGGAGACCUGUCUCCUCUGGAUAUGAAAAAGGUGAGAAGAUUGGUACUAGUGGAAUCGACUGCUCUGUUUGACACUGCUGGAAUAGACCUGAAGGCGCACAAACCGGUCAAAGUUAAGACUAAAGAAAGUGGUCUUUUUGGUGUUCCCAUUGCCACUUUAUUGGAUCAGGACCAGAGGCGGGCUUCUGGGACCAAAGUGCCAUUCAUCCUGCAAAGGCUUAUCAGUCACAUUGAGGAGGAGGGAUUAAACACUGAGGGGCUGCUACGGAUCCCCGGGGCGGCCACCCGAGUCAAGUCGCUGUGUCAGGAGCUCGAGUCGUCUUUCUACGACGGCGCGUUUCAGUGGCAACAGUUGAAGCAGCACGACGCCGCCAGCCUCCUGAAGCUCUUCAUCCGCGAGUUACCUCACCCGCUGCUGACCGUGGAGUACCUCAACGCGUUUAUCGCUGUCAACAAGCUCCCAACAAAGAAGCAGCAGCUGCAGGCUUUGAACCUGCUGGUCCUUUUGUUACCUGAGGCCAAUCGGGACACCUUGAAGGCACUAAUGGAGUUUUUCCAGCGUGUGAUCGACCACCAGGGCAACAACAAAAUGACCCUCAACAAUGUCUCCGUCGUCAUGGCGCCCAACAUCUUCAUGUUCAAAGGCUUUCGGUCCAAGGUGACGGAGCAGCAGGAGUUCUCCAUGGCGACCAGCACAGCCAACAUCGUCCGGCUGCUGAUUCGAUACCAGAAUCUUCUCUGGACGAUUCCCAAGUUCAUUAUGACCCAGGUCAGACAUCAAAACAUGGAAAGCCAUCGGAAACAAAACAAGGAGAGAGCUGUGAGAAAGCUGCUGAAGAAGAUUACCACGGACAAACCAUCUGAUAAAGCCGCCCCUGAGGAGAGCUCGCAGGGAUUCAUUCGAGUUCAAGCGCCACAGUUCAGCAAAGUGUCGAUGGCGGUUCAGCUCACCGGAGAGCUGCAGGCUGCGGACGUGUUGUCCCGCUUCCUCAGCCAGGACAGUUCAUUGGCGGUGGACAGAGAAGAGCUGUGUCUCUACGAGAUCGGCGGAAACAUCAAGGAGAGGUGUCUAGACGGGGAAACGUACAUGAAAGACCUCUUCCAGCUCAACCCGACAGCAGAGUGGGUCAUCAGAGCUGUGCAGCGAGGAACUCCUUCCUACCACCGCGCCUCGCUGGACGAUGGAGCGCUCCAAGCGGCCCCCAACGUGUCCCGCUGACCAAAGACUCCAACCCCCCCCCCCCAUCCUUCGGGGCUCUUCUGGACGCUCGCAGGGCUGCACGUCCAAUGGCGUUUUUUCAAACGUACCCUUUUUAAUGAAAAAAACAGAUUGUUUGGCGAGUAAAGGGAAAAGUGAUGUGCUGCUGAGGCACGUCAAACCACUAUUGUAAUGGGGUGGAAAUAUCCCAAUUCUCCCAAUUUGUCCCCCCACUUGGACCACGACAUUGUGAUUCUUAAUUUUAUGCGAUACUGUAAGCAUAUUAUAUAUUUAUAUAUAUAUAUAUAAUAGAAGCCUGUGUGUUUGGAGGCACUUAAAUGAAGGUCUUAAAUUGCCUAACAAGUUUUAUACCAAAGGCUUGGACUCUUUAAGUGAUCAUUUUAAAGAAAUACAUUGCGGACUGUUAAAAUUGCCUUUUUCAGUGACUAAUCUGAUGGGUUCCAAAAGUAUGCUGAUGCAAAUACUUUUGCAAAUAUUUUUUAUUUGGCUGUGUACUCUUCAGUCUGGCUGUCAGUGGAUAUAAUACACUAAGCAAAGGUUGUACUAAUCCAGGAAUAGAAGGGCAUUGCUUUUCUUGACUUCAUGCAGCGGUCUGAUCUGAUUCUGUGUGGUUUCUUACAGUUUGACAGCCUGGGGAGGAUCAUAUCUUCACCACUAAGUCAAACACCGCAGAUAUUUCCCUUGUGGGAAACUGUGGCGUAAAAAAAUAAUGUGUCACUGUUGAAAAUGUUUCUAACUGAGUCAGUCCCUGCCUCGUAUUAUCCUGUUUACUGUGAAUGUUUUUUUUUCCUAUAAAAUGAUAUAUUUGUCUUAUUAUUGCCUCUGAAAUGACCACUAAAACCGCCUGUAAAUAAAAGAAAUGUUAUUAACUACCA